AUGGCACCCACAGUAGACCCACAGCCAGCAGCGAUUGAAAGGUACUUCCACAUCCAGGAUACUGCUUUACCACAACAGAAAUCAAAAGCAAGUGUCAAUUCAGCUUAGCCUCCUCUUACAGGGAUACAUGAUAACACAGUGACACCAUCCUAGCACUGCCAUACAUAGUGCUGAAAUGUAUGUGUUUAAAUCAGGAGAUAACUAAUUGGAAAUAAAACAAUUAUUUUUAAAAAAAGGGUGGGUGGGGGGGUAUGAUAAUCCAUGAAUUAAAGGGAUACGCAGACAGCCCCUCGAGAGAUGAAUGUUGCCGACUACUUGCUUUUCUAUUCAUACCAGCUUCAGCAACAACUGCACAAUAGCAAUACACAAUGCUCUACAUCUCCACGCACAAACCUCAACUAAAAAGCCUCUCAAUAGCCACAAAUAAUGCUCAGAACAGCACCUAACUUCAUCAACAGUACAUAUAGGGUUCCAGCCAUAGUACUAGUCAUCAAACUGCCUGAAUUCUUUGGCAAGGAGACCAAAUACAAUUCACCCACUCUCUUCCAGCAGCUGUUUGUUUGGGGGGGGGGGCCCUGACAAGUCGAUCACCGAGUACAGUUGAGUUUCGCAGCUCAAGGAAGAACAUUUAUGGUCUUUUCUUUAUGGAAAUGCAAUUAGACCAAGAUGCUAAGGCAGAAGAACUACUGCAUCUGCAGUGCAAAAUUAUUAUUUUGAUUAUUAUUACCUCAUGGAAAUAAUACGCUGCACUAAAAAAAAGUGUGAUGGCUAGUACUAUGGCUGGGAUCCUAUAUGUACUGUUGAUGAAGUUAGGUGCUGUUCUGAGCAUUAUUUGUGGCUAUUGAGUGGCUUUUUAGUUGAGGUUUGUCUGUGGAGAUGUCGAGUACUGUCUAUUGCUAUCGUGCAGUUGUUGCUUAAGCUAUCUAACUCUGUGGUACGGUGUGUUUGACCAUAAUUUAAAUUUAUGCUGGAAUAUCCCUAAAGUGAGUGGGAAGAAUAAGUCAAUUAUCUUUCAUCAUUUAAUCACAGUGUAUGACACUGUCAUUCUUUCAUUCUAUCAUCUUUUUAUUGAAAGUGUUUUAACAUUUUCAUUCAUUUGUUUGUUUCAUGGAUCAAACAACCCUUGACUGUUUCAUCACAAGGCAGGUUAACUGUGAAAUGAAUUGCCUUUUGGGGGUCAAUAAAUUUGUCUGAUUCUGAAUCAGAACUGUAACAUAAUGUGGUUUUCAGAUCCAAAUAAAUCAAAUGCAAAUGUAUCUAUGUUAAUCCUGACUUGAUGUGUAAGUACUCGGGCAUACUCACUGGAAGCUGUUUCCAUCCCAGUUACAGGGUCAGAGACAUCUUCAGGAUCAGUCACAGUAACUGUCAGGCCUAUGUGCAAAGCAGAAACACAUUUUUCAAACAUCCACACUGACUGUUGUAAGCGUUUUCAUGCAGUACAAAGAUUAUUGGUCUACCUGUCAACUUGGUUGUGGAUGUUGGUUCCAUCGCGGUUGUACUGGUACCUGCAUCUGCUAAUUCCAAAAAGCAUAAUUGCAUCAGCACUCUAUCUCUCUAGACAAAUGAGGCCCGAACUACACGAAGGAGGAUAUAUUUCAAACCGCACAUAUUUGUGUCCGAUUAGGCCUCCCUACCACACCAAACCGGGAGUUUGGAGCACUGAAACCAGAUAAAUCUGAAUCUGGAAAAAUAAAAAAAAUAUCCGUAUCCCGUAUCCGCAGUGGAUUCGUGUGGUCGGACUUUUACGGAUCGAUGACGUCAAACCGCAGCUCGCGCAUGCGCAUUAAAAAACGAAAACAAUAACAACAAAGAUGGCGGACAUACAGGGUAUUCUUUAGGUUUGUUUUGCCCUUUUGGGGCUAAUUUCAGCCUUGCAAGUGAACCUUAUUUUAUACAAUUACAUCCACCAGUCAGUCAGCUCACAGAGGCGUCUGCUGCGCCCAAUACUUUUUUUGGAGAGCAAUCGUAACGUUAAUGUUAGGCGUUUUAAAGUUCGCCAGAAGCGUAAGUUUUGGGUCAAACCCGGUCGGACCAGCAAGUGGCGGGACAACUUCGUUAGAGGGGCUGUGCCUGCAGAUGAAUGGAAGCUAAACUUUCGUAUGUCAAAGCGGCACCAGAUAGGAUUGAGUUUGAAGCCUACGUGUGGACACAGAUAUUUUUUUGAACUAACACGUGUGGACAGGUACAUUUAUUUAGACGGGAGUACAAAAAUAUCCAGAUAAAUAAAUAUCCGCCUUCGUGUAGUUCGAGCCUAAGAAGAGGCAGCAGCCAAGUCAGCCUCUGCUUUCCAGAGUCUGUCAGAGAGGAUGUUUCUGACUCACCUAGAGUCUUUCUGACAGUGGGGACAGUCAAAAUCAUGACCAGUAAAUGAUUUGAAAAAAACAUUUAGGCAUUAGCGCUGCCUAUGUGAAUUUGUAUUUCUUUCUUAAAUUUCUUUUAAUGUUUUAAUUUUUUUCUUUUUUUUUUUUUGGGGGGGGGGGGGGGGGGUCAUUAGACAGAACAAGACAUAAAACAACCACAAAAUUAAAGAUGACGGCCAAAGUUCGGGAGGUUCAUAUCCUGCCCUGUAAGUGAAUGAAUGAUGUAAAGCGCUUUGAGGUCACUGACGAAAAGUGCUUUAAAAAACUGAUGCAUUAUUAUAAUAACAUUAUACAACAAGAUACAAGAUGCCUUAUUGUCAUUGCACUUAUGCACAACGAGAUUGAAUUUACAGAUGGGAAAAGAACAUUCAACCCUAUAUAUAUAUAUAUAUAUAUAUAUAUAUAUAUAUAUAUAUGUACUACAGGCCAAAAGUUUGGAAGCAAGAUCAGAUUUGUACAAAAAAAGAUCAUAGUUUCAUAUAUAUAAUUUGCAACACAAUAAACAUGACUUUUGUGUAAAGAGUAACUUAUCAGAAGACAUUUUGACUAUAAUUAUUAGGUAUUUGAGUAAUUUUGGUAAGACUUUCUUUAAAGUAACCUCCUCUGGCUUUAACAACAGCUUGGCAUAUAAAUUUUUUCCACAAGUUUUUUAAGGCAUGUUCCAGGUAUUGCAUUCCAAGCUUUCUUAAGUUCAUUAAAAAAGAGAUGCUGAUUUGUGGGACGCGCCUUUCUGACCGAUCAAUCCAAUUUAUCCCGCACAAGCUCUGUUGGAGAAAGGUCUGGAGACUGAGGGGGCCAAACCAUCUUUUGAAGAACACUUUCCUCUUCUUUUUUGUCUAAGUAACCCCAACAGAACUUGGCAGAAUGCUUAGAGUCAUUGUCUUGCUGCAAAACAAACUUGUGACCCACAAGUCUGAGUCUAGAUGGAACAGCAUGGUGCUGGAGGAUGGAGUGGUACUGUUCCUUCCUCAUAAUACCCUUUACUUCAAACAAAUCUCCUACUCCAUCACCUGCAAAACAUCCCCAUACCAUGGAACUACCACCUCCAUGCUGAAUUGUGGGUGUAACACAUGGUGCUUUUAGACGUUCACCAGUUUGUCUGCGGACAUAGACUCUGCGUUUUGAACCAAACAGUGCAAACUUGUUUCUAGUCAUCAUGAGUCCAAGUUUUGUGAGCUUUUGCCCACUCGUAUCUCUUUUUCUUGUUCUGUGGACUAAGUAGUGUUUUUUUGCAGAUACACAACCCUUCAGACCAGCCUUUCUCAAACAUCAUUUCACGGUUGUCAGAGUUAUGGGUUUUGACCUUGUCGUGUUGAUUUCCUCCCUUUCCUCCCUGGAACCUACGCUCGUGUCGCAAUGAUAAAUCUGGAUGUGUGCGCCGAUCUUGGCGAACACAAGGUUUUCUGGCGCCGCCAGCGUUGAUACAUGAGGAAAAAUAUCCUCAUGAACUGGAAGUCUCGGAACUCCAUACACAUCAUACACUGGAAAAAUCUGCUCACAGACUACAUCUCCUUAGAAAAUACAAACUCCUCUGACAAUAAUCAUAACUCUACCUGGUUAUCAUUCAUCACUUUUCUACAAUCAAGGAAGGACCCUCUGUUAACCCAGCAGCAUUAAUUUGCUGUGUAGAUGAUGACAGUCCGGGAUACCUGUUUGAGAUUAUAGACGCCAAGGGGGAGAGGCUGAAAGUAACAUUUAAUAAAUUGGGCUUCACAUUUGGAUUAGGUCUACAUUUCUCAGGACUCACAAGUCUGCUGUCACAUAUCUGUGAGGUUGAUGGACUAAACUUUGUGAUUAACUGUAGAUUCUUGCUCACUGCAAGUGAACUGGAGCGUCCGAUGUAAGACAUGUGGGGGGGUGUAAAGAGUUUGUGAACUUUUUUUUUUUUCCUUCAAGUGUUUGUAUGAGCAUGCUUCUAUAGAAAGAUUUAGGAAGAACUGCUGCUGAAAUGUGCCUAAAAUGCAUUAUUAUUAUUAUUAUUAUUAUUAUUACUAUUAUUAUUAUUAAAAUAUGAAUUCGUGCUGUAGCUUAUUCUUGCUUACAUAUUCUUGCUUGCUCAAUAAAGAUGCGAAAACUGGCAAUUUUGCUUCAGAUGAUAACUUUAUUUGUGUACAUCACACCAUAGAUUACAACACAACAUUGUUUUAUGGCUUAAAGUCAUAAUAGUAGCUGUACCAAUCCUCAAAGGACAUCUCGUCAUUCAUCAUAAAAUUAAACUUUGUCCUUCUGAUCAAAACAUCAUUGCUCAACAGUGUGGUAUCAGCUAGAGAUAUCAGGUCAUCUCUCUCCUCCCCUCCGUCUGCACAUUAUUAUUAUUUUUUAUUAUUAUUAUUAUUUUUUUGUUAAUUUUAUUAUUAUCAUUAUUAUUACUAUAUGUGUGUGAGUCUAGCCUGCCUGCCUGCCUGCUUGCUUGGGUGUGCGCGUGUGUGCACGUGUGUAUAUAUUUCCACAUUGGGGACAGUGUGACCCAUGAGACCUGGGAUGCAGGUUUUUUUUUAUUAUUAUUAUUAUUUUUUAUACUGUGUGAGGACUACAGGACCUUUCACUGGGUCAAAAAGACCCCAGUCAUCACUGGGUCAAAAAGACCCCAGUCAGUGUGACCCCUGAGACGUGGGAUGCAGGUUUAUUUUUAUUUUUUUUAUUUUUUUAUUUUUUUACUGUGUGAGGACUACAGGACCUUUCACUGGGUCAAAAAGACCCCUGUCAAUGUGGACUGGGACAGUGUGACCCUUGAGACAUGGGAUGUAGGUCUUAGCUUGAGGACAACAGGAGGGUUAACAUUAUCAAUUGAAGCUGAGUGCAGACUUUUAAUUGCUCUUCUUCUGCUCCAAAUACAAUUACUUCAGUUUUAUCUUUGUUUAGCUGAAGAAAAUUCUGACACAUCCAAUCAUUGAUUUGUGCAAUGCACUGACUCAGUGUUUGUAUUGGAUUGUAGUCGCCUGGCGAUAUGGUUAUGUAAAUCUGUGUGUCGUCUGCAUAAUUAUGGUAAGAUAUUUUGUUGUUUGCUCUGAUUUGAGUAAGAGGGAGCAUGUAAAUGUUGAAUAGGAGUGGCCCCAGAAUGGAGCCUUGGGGAACCCCACAUGUCAUUUUUGUUCGCUCUGAUGUGUAAUUACCUAGAGACACAAAGUAGUCUCUAUCCUUUAAGUAGGAUGCAAACCAGUUUAGUACUGUUCCAGAAAGUCCCACCCAGUUUUCCAGUCGAUCGAGUAGAAUGCUGUGGUCAACUGUGUCGAAAGCGGCACUGAGAUCGAGCAAUACUAGGUAUGAAAUUUUGCCAUUGUCUGAGUUUAAGUGGAUUUCAUUAAAGACUUUGAUAAGAGCAGUCUCAGUGCUGUGGUGCAGUUGAAACCCUGACUGGAAAACGUCAAAACAGUUGUUUAGGACUAAGAAGUUGUGAAGCUGUUGGAAGGCUGCUUCUUCAAUGAUUUUGCUUAAAAACGGGAGGUUCGAUAUAGGCCUAUAAUUGUUCAUUACUGAGUUGUCUAGGUUGCUUUUUUUUUAGGAAAGGCUUUAUGACAGAAGUUUUCAGGGCCUGUGGAAAGACACCUGACAGAAGUGACAUGUUGACAAUCUGAAGAAGAUCUGAGGCCAUACAGCCUGAGCUGACUGUCUGCUUUUAUUGGAUUUCUUGUAUUUUCUUUAAAGUCGUGCUGAGUCUCCAAGUGAGUCCAGCUUCUCACCCGCAAUUCCCAGCGGCACGCAAAGAAUUCUGGGAUACCAAUGGCUAGAAAGCGUGCAUAAAUGCAAGCUUAAAAACGGGGCGGGGGUAGUGUGGUUUUGAGACCGAAUUUGAAGCCCGCUUAGCAUUUCCUGCCAAAUUGGACAUUGUAUGCACACUUCAAAUGCUCCGUUCGAUGGUGCGGUCUCUGAAAUGAGACACGGCCUCAAUCAUUCUGACUGUGUUUCUUCCUCCAGGGUGGACCAUGGUGGAGAACAGUGGUUAAAACCUGGUCUGAAGAAGUGUAAGUGUUGAAUCAGCUUGACUCCUGAUGACCAAACAGCAGACUGUCAGCUAACAAAGAAGAAAGCCUUCAGGUGUGUCUGAUGAUAACCUGCUGCUGUGUUGUGUCUUUUUCUCUCUGUCAGAUUUCUGUGAACUCACACUGGACUCAAACACAGUAAACAGACGCCUCAGACUGUCUGAAAACAACAGGGAGGUGACACGUGUGGAAGAGUAUCAGUCAUAUCCUGAUCAUCCAGACAGAUUUGACUUCUGUCCUCAGCUUCUGUGUAGAGAUGGUCUGACUUGUCACUGUUACUGGGAGGUCGAGUGGAGAAGAAUGGUUUAUAUAUCAGUGAGUUACAGAGGAAUCAGAAGGAAAGGAAAGAGUGAUGACUGUGUGUUUGGAUUUAAUGAUCAGUCCUGGAGUCUGUUCUGCUCUGAUCGAAGUUACUCUGUCCGUCACAAUAAGAUAGAAACAGACCUCGAUCUCCCCUCGUCCUCUCUCUCUGAAAGAGUAGCAGUGUAUGUGGACUGUCCUGCUGGCACUCUACAGUAAAGUAAAAGCGACCAGACGGAGACAGGAAGGCACGGUUAAGCUGCGCCCCGCUGUAUAGAAGAUGUCAAUACCGUGCAUGUCAAAGUUGUAACGAGCGUCAAUGGGGAAAGAUGUGUGCGGAUAGAUAUUUACAAGAAGGGCUAGAUAACUCGAGGCGGAGUCACCGGCGUCCCUAAACGGCGGCCAUCUAACUCCAGUAUUCGAUUCUAGUACACUCUAUGGUAGCUGAGGGAAGGUGAGUAAUCUGCAUGAUCAAAAAUACUAACUCGCUGAAAUCUUGACAGAUUUACAAAUAGUUUUGUUUAUUACAGACCUUAAUAACGUGGCUAUAAGUCAGGAUGCUUGGACAUAUUGAAAUGGCAGAUUUUCUCAGAGAAAAAAAAGACUGAAUCAUGCAGCAAAGUUGUUUCACAGCUUAUAUCUGUUAUUUCUUGCAUUCAAUGAUAGGGAGUAUAAAGCGCACCAUGAGACCUCUCUUAUCUCUCUAAGAAGGUUUUCUUGUGUCUGUCAAUGUUUGACUGCAGGUGCUCAGGUGGUUGAGUCCAAAGUUCAGAGCUGCUCUGUGAUCACAUUUCCUUCCAGAAGACUUCAGUGUGAAGAUGAACUCAGAGAGUCUGGACUGGAUGUGAAUGGUGGGGCCUUUGAAAACCUCCUGCUGUUACUUCCAUCUUUCUUCUCUCUCUGCUUGGUUUCCUGUUCGAAGCUGCUGAUUCAUUUCACCGUCACUCAUGGUCUUCAUGCAGAUUAUUUUCCCCAUCAGAAGGUAACCUAACACACUCUUUUCAUCAUUUCUGAACAUAUUUCAUUAUUUUAAACUCUUUUAGACACAGUCAUGUUGUUCGCUUCUUUUGUUGCUUCAGUUCUUAUGAUGUCGGAUCCAUAUGUUGCUCGGGUUUUCCUGGUUCUGUGGGUUCUCCAUCUUUGGGGUCCUUGUGCUGAAAACGUGUAUAAAUAUAAUAAACAUGACAAUAUGAAAUAAAUCACUGUUAUUAAUCAGACAAUAAUCUGUUUCUGGAGUCAUGGAGGAUAUUUAUUACAGCAUGUCCAGAUUAUUUCUUUGCUCCUGUUUCACUCUCUUUCUCGUUUCCUCUUAUUUAGUCUCUCAGAUUUGAGUUGUUGUUAAUGAGCAACAUCAAGGUUGAAUUCAUUCAACAAUCAAACAUUCAAAACUUCAGAUUUACAACCCUGAUCAAACUGAUUAGAGGGUUAAACUCCAGACCAGAUCACACCAGAUAUGAAACGUCCAUAUCACUAAAAACCUGAUUAAUGAAAUACAAUCAGACCAUGCAGAGAUGCCAAGACAUGGAUAUACAGAUCAUUUCUAUCAAACAUGCUCCAGUUACUGUUUUUCAUACAACACUGAAAUAUAGAAGCACAUCAGCAAACUCAAUCCAACACUGAACUUUGAGGAGUUUCAGAAAAACUCUGAUGUUUCAAACAAAUGCUCUAAUUUCAACAAAGACUUCAACUUUGUCUGCUGCUUUUUAAAUGACCAUCAUCCAUCAGCUGAGCUCUGAUUGGCAGCUUUCAUGUGGUACUUAAACCGCUCCCUGUCUUUGAAAGGUUUCUGAUCCUAAACAUGAGCAGAGUAUUGACCUUUUUCUUUAAACCUUAUUGACCAAUAAAAGAACACACAGUUUGAUUCAGUGUCAUAAAUGUGACAAAGUCCAAGUUUGAAAGAGCAACAUUGAUUUCAGAGUGAAUUAAAUUUGUUGUCCUUCAUUUCAAAGGUGAACCUCAUGUCAUUUUUCUGAGUCUAUUCCUUUGAUUUGGGGUUGAGUCAAAGUUGAAUUGGACUCCUUGUCAGAAGAUCUCUCAUGGUUGGUUCUCUCUGGAGCAGACAAAAGGAGAACUUGAAUGUUUCCAUAUGUGCGCAGGUUUGACUCUCAGUCACAUCAGAUAUUAUCCUGGAUCACUCUGAGGUUUCUCUGUCAUGUCCUGACAGCAGGUCUCUGCAGGGUCCUGCAGUGUGACUGGAGCUGGACUCUGGUUCCUGGGUGUUGGUCAGUGAUUUCAUGUCUGUUUGUGUUUGUAGACUUUGACUGUUCAGUGAUGAGAGUGUGACAGCGUCCUCAGAUUAAUGAUGAUGAACUGAUGAAGGACGAUCAGCUGCAGUGUUUCUCUUUGUCUUUCUGCUACAGGUGAAACAAUAAGUGGAUCUGGAUUCACCUGGUGAGUAUUUUCUUCAUUCUGUCAAACAUCAAACUGAAAGUUUUCACGUCUUCUUCAUUUUGAACAGAACUGGACUCUGAAUGGAUCCAGAUGAGCGCUCUAGUAAACAGGAAUGACUGUGGCUCCAUCUGGUGGUAGAAUCUGGAAUGACACUGUGGUAGAGGACAGUAUGUGUCUCAGGAUGUACUGACUGACUAUGUUGUUGUGUUUGUGUGAAGGUGGGGGCUCUGCUAUGAAUCAGCGUGAGGACAGAGAGGAGGGAGCCCCUCCCUCUAAAACCACUCUGUGGGGGGAACAUGAGAGCCAGACCAAAGCUCAGAGGUGAGAUGAGGAUCUCCAACUGUCCGUGACUCUUCUCCAUGUCAGAGCUCAGCACUCACAUCACUCCACCAUCACUAUUAUUCACACUCAGACCUCUGUCUGUCUGUCUGUCUGUCUGUCUGUCUGUCUGUCUGUCUGUCUGUCUGUAUGUCUAAGACCUGAAUGGCAGUACAGACCAGACUCUCCAGGACCUGGACCCAGCUGUGUGUCCUUCAAGAGUGACCGGUCUAUGGGUCGAUAUAUGAAUUUCAAAGUUGGACCUCAGUCUGAUCGUCAAAAGUAAUAAUCUAUAACAGCAGCACUCAAACCAGGAAGAUUUUUAGUGUUCUUGUUUCUUCAUCAGUGUUUGUGUUUCUGUCAGAGUCAAACAUGAGAGACCAGACUCUCCUGGACCUGGACCUGGACCUGGGCCCAGCUGUGUGUCCUUCAAGAGUGACCGGUCUAUGGGACGAUAUAUGAAUUUCAAAGAUGGAGAUAUUUGUGAUGAGCAAAGGUGAGCCUUUCAAACUGAACUUCCUUUUGUUGUGUGUGAAACUUUUCAUCCUAACUGUGGUCAGUGUUUUCUCUGUGAAGGUGAAGAUUUUUCAGGGUUUGUGUUUCUAUCAGGAUCCAACAGCAGUAAACAGGAUCUGAGCCAGAAAGAAUUGGACUCUGCAUGUAUCUUCAUGUGUGUCCUGUGUCUGUAGGAGGAUCCAGCAGUGUUUCUACCAGGAUCCUCUAUAUAGAUUCUCUCACAUGUAACCCUGUGUCUCCUUAUAUUAUAUCCACUACAUUAGAUUCUGUUUGUUCCACAGAGUUCAGCAGCAGAGAUCAGAGGUUCCCAUUGGUCAGUCUGCCCAGCAGCAUCAAACACAGCUGGACUCCAUAUUUAUGGUAGGUGUAAAUGUACAAACACAGCUCCUACUGAUCAUCAGAGCAGACACUCAGUAUAUUUGGAGGUUUCUGGAUUGUUUCCUAAUGACUCUGCAAACAUCAUCUCUGCCUGAAUUAUCUUCACACUCACAGUUUGACUGAUUGAAUGAAGCCUCACAUUUAUGACCUGCACAGAGUCAGAGGUCAUGGUGGAUGGUAGUCUCAUACAGGCUCAGACUUUGGCAGCAGAGAGCAGAGUUCACAAACUGAGUCCAGUUUGAGGUUUAAAGAACAGAAAGACUUUGGUUCAUGUCGAUGACAGCUGCUGCUCUCAGCUUCAUUCUAAUAAACACAUCACCUCUAAAGUCACUGCAGACUUUUUCUCCAUGAAACCACACCAGGAGAUUUCUCCAAUGUGAAGGUCAGGUCAUAGAAACUAGAUUUGUAGAAGACAGGACCAUCCACAAAGUCAAUCCUGAAGCAGCAUUGUGAUCCAGUCUCCAUGCUGGACUCUGUAGACCAGCAGGCUUUCUGUCUGUCAUAGAUGAUCUGAUGUUCAGUUCUACAAGUUCAAGUUCACAUUUUGUUCUGUUCCAGCUGCUCCAGGAGAACAUGAUCAGCUUUGUAAAGGAGCAGCUGAAGGAGAUCCAGAGAACUCUGAGUCCAAAUGAACCAGAAUACUUAGAGAGUCAGAGGGAGGAUGAGGAUGAAGAGCAGAGGAGGAGCAGAGAGGCAUUUCUGAAGAUCACUGUGAACUUCCUGAGGAGAAUGAAGCAGGAGGAGCUGGCUGACUGUCUGCAGAGAAGUAAGAGGAUAUGAAGAGAUUUAACAUGAUAGAAAGAGGAAAUGGAGACAACUUGGGAGAGGUUUAGAGUUCAGACUCUGCUGUUCAUAUGAUGCACACAUUUGUAUCACAUCUAUGAACUGAGAGAAACUGAUCACAGCUGAUGAGCUGAAGAGAUUUCAGAGAGGAGGGAAAUCAAAUCCAUCCUGAUGUCUUCAAGAGUAAAUUCAUCAGACUGAUUGUAGCUUCAGAUGAUUCAUCACAUUUCUUUUUGUUCAUUCAGGAUCUGCUGCUGCAGAGUGCACACACAAACUCAAGUCCAACCUGAAGGAGGAGUUCCAGUGUGUGUUUGAGGGGAUUGCUAAAGCAGGAAACCCAACCCUGCUGAACCAGAUCUACACAGACCUCUACAUCACAGAGGGUGGGACUGGAGAGGUCAACGAUGAACAUGAGGUCACACAGAUUGAAACAACGUCCAGGAAAGCAGAGCGACUAGAAACAACCAUCAGACAAGAAGACAUCUUUAAAGGCUCACCUGGAAGACAGGAACCAAUCAGAACAGUGAUGACAAAGGGAGUGGCUGGCAUUGGGAAAACCGUCUUAACACAGAAGUGGACUCUGGACUGGGCUGAAGACAAAGACAACCAGGACAUCCACUUCACAUUUCCAUUCACCUUCAGAGAGCUGAAUGUGCUGAAGGAGAAGUUCAGUUUGGUGGAGCUCGUUCAUCACUUCUUCACUCAAACCAAAGAAGCAGGAAUCUGCAGCUUCCAACACUUCAGGGUCGUGUUCAUCUUUGACGGUCUGGAUGAGUGUCGACUUCCUCUGGACUUCCACAACAAUGAGGUCCUGACUGAUGUUACAGAGUCCAGCUCAGUGGAUGUGCUGCUGACAAACCUCAUCAAGGGGAACCUGCUUCCCUCUGCUCACCUCUGGAUAACCACAAGACCUGCAGCAGCCAAUCAGAUCCCUCCUGAGUGUGUUGAUAUGGUAACAGAGGUCAGAGGGUUCACUGACCCUCAGAAGGAGGAGUACUUCAGGAAGAGAUUCAGAGAUGAGAAGCAGGCCAGCAGAAUCAUCUCCCACAUCAUGACAUCCAGAAGCCUCCACAUCAUGUGCCACAUCCCGGUCUUCUGCUGGAUCACUGCUACAGUUCUGGAAGAUCUGCUGAAGACCAGAGAGGGAGGAGAGCUGCCCAAGACCCUGACUCAGAUGUACAUCCACUUCCUGGUGGUUCAGUCCAAAGUGAAGAACAUCAAGUAUGAUGGAGGAGCUGAGACUGAUCCACACUGGAGUCCAGAGAGCAGGAAGAUGAUUGAGUCUCUGGGAAAACUGGCUUUUGAGCAGCUGCAGGAAGGAAACCUGAUCUUCUAUGAAUCAGACCUGACUCAGUGUGGCAUGGAUAUCAGAGCAGCCUCAGUGUACUCAGGAGUGUUCACACAGAUCUUCAGAGAGGAGAGAGGACUGUACCAGGACAAGGUGUUCUGCUUCAUCCAUCUGAGUGUUCAGGAGUUUCUGGCUGCUCUUCAUGUCCACCUGACCUUUACCAACUCUGGAGUCAACCUGAUGGAAGAACAACAAACAUCUUCAAUCUCUAAAAUCUUCAGUGUCAAACCAAAACUGAAACAUCUCCAUCAGAGUGCUGUAGACCAGGCCUUACAGAGUCUGAACGGACACCUGGAUUUAUUUCUACGUUUCCUCCUGGGUCUUUCACUGCAAACCAAUCAGAAUCUCCUGAGAGGUCUGCUGACACACACAGGAAGUAGCUCACAGACCAAUCAGAAAACAGUCCAGUGCAUCAAGGAGAAGAUCAGUGAGGAUCUGUCUGCAGAGAAAAGCAUCAAUCUGUUCCACUGUCUGAAUGAACUGAAUGAUCGUUCUCUAGUGGAGGAGAUCCAACAGUCCCUGAGAUCAGGACGUCUCUCCACAGAGGAACUGUCUCCUGCUCAGUGGUCAGCUCUGGUCUUCAUCUUACUGUCAUCAGAAAAUGAUCUGGACAUGUUUGACCUAAAGAAAUACUCUGCUUCAGAGGAGGGUCUUCUGAGGCUGCUGCCAGUGGUCAAAGCCUCCACCAAAGCUCUGUAGGUGGACACAUGAGAGAUGAAACAUUAUUGUUCAUGAGAGAUGAAACUUUGUGUAUGUGCUAAUCACUGAUUCUUCUUCAGGCUGAGUGGAUGUAACCUGUCAGAGAGAAGCUGUGAAGCUCUGUCCUCAGUCCUCAGCUCCCAGUCCUCCAGUCUGAGAGAGCUGGACCUGAGUAACAAUGACCUGCAGGAUUCAGGAGUCAAGCUGCUGUCUGCUGGACUGAAGAGUCCUCACUGUAAACUGGAAACUCUCAGGUAAGUGUGAAGUUAAAUAUUGAAAUUUGAUCUGUAAGGGAUGAAAAAAAAGAGAGAAAACUUAAUGAGAUAUAAAUUGAGAAACUGAAAUCAUUUCAGUUUUAGGAAGGACAAGACUGAGCAUUCAAAGUCAGUCAUUUUUUUAUGUUGGCUGUUUCAUACCAUCAAGAGAUAGACACACACACACACAAAAAAAAACAGCCGCAUCAAAGAGUAAAAAAGCCUUUAGAUAACAUUAAAACUUGUGGCUAUUUGGCUAUUUUGUAUAUAUUUUUCAAUAUCAUCCUAUUUUUUAGGUUUACUAGAUGUAACCUGUCAUGGGAACACUUUGAAGCUCUGUCCUCAGUCCUCAGCUCCCAGUCCUCCAGUCUAAGAGAGCUGGACCUGAGUAACAAUGACCUGCAGGAUUCAGGAGUGAAGCUGCUGUCUGCUGGACUGAAGAGUCCUCACUGUAAACUAGAAACUCUCAGGUCUGUAUAAGGUUGAACAUAAAACUUUUCUCUGCCAGAUCACAAAACCACAGAAACAAAAGCAUCAAUAAAACAGAGAGCUACUUACUGCUCUUUUAUUAUAAGUGGGGUCAAGUGAAGAGACAUUAUUAAUUCAGUCAGAUCUUGUUAAGAUGAUUAACUAAAAGUACUGAGAGAUUUUUGUUAAAGAUUACAAAAUGUUAAAAGAAGAAGCAAAAGCAUCUACUACAUUUAAUUAUCAAUGAAACAAAAGAGCUAAUUUUAUUCAAAAAUCUUCAUGUCUUUUCAGGUUUAUUGGAUGUAACCUGUCAGAGAGAAGCUGUGAAGCUCUGUCCUCAGUCCUCAGCUCCCAGUCCUCCAGUCUGAGAGAGCUGGACCUGAGUAACAAUGACCUGCAGGACUCAGGAGUGAAGCUGCUUUCUGAUGGACUGAAGAAUCCUCACUGGAAACUGGAAACUCUCAGGUCAGGUUUUCUACUGAUUGGGUUUUGUAGUUGUUUGAAUGAAAUUGUCUGAAGUUGGUACACUUUUCCAUGUUUCAUAUAUUUUUCUGACUCCAGGUUAUCAGGCUGUCUAAUCACAGAAGAAGGUUGUGUUUCUCUGGCCUCAGCUCUGAGCUUCAACCCCUCACACCUGAGAGAGCUGGACCUGAGCUACAAUCAUCCAGGAGACUCAGGAGUAAAACUGCUGUCUGCUGGACUGGAGGAUCCUCUAUGGAGACUGGAUACACUGAGGUAUAACCAGACAGUUACCGGGUCACAGACAACUACAAAUAUGUUUGGUUUCUGCAGCGUGAGGUCUUCACUUCGCAGAUCAUCAUUGUGGACCAUCUUUCUGAUGGACUCUUGGAUGUGAACAGUUUCAUCCUGGAUAGUAGCUCUGAUGCUCACUAGUUCUCAGCCUCCCUCCUUCCUCUUAGUGUAGACCCUCAAGGUUCUGGAUUUAGGGUGAAAACCUCCAUUUGAGUAUUUUGAGGAGCUUUCUUGUCUUGAUAUCAGUGGUCUUUAUAAAGAACCAUUUUUAAAUGCUCUUUAUGGAGGACCGCAAGGGUCACAGAAAUUAAAAUAAAGUAUUUUUAAUUGAAAGUUAUUGUACUAUUGAAACAGGAAUUCAUCAAGUGGUUUUCAAAUUCAUGAGUUCAUCCAUGAACAAAUCGAGGAAUUAUAAAAAGAUUCUACAAAUGAAUCUGUACAAAAGUUUAUGCUUUAACCCUCGGUUUCUGUUAAUUUUAAGAUCCAUGCAGCCUACUUUGUCUCCAAAACAGAAAUGCAAAUAAGUGUUGAUAAAAUAAUCAUUUUUAUACUUUUUUUCAACUCAUAUCCCUUAAACAACUUCAGCCCUGACCACUAAAAAAAAAGAAUUUAAAAAUUAGACGUGUUACCCUUUUAAUGUCAGUUUUUGUUCAACAUGUCAUAUUUAUUGAUAAAGUGUUCGUUCUUAACAGCUGAGUCUAUUGGAGUGAAAAAACACGCCAUUUUCACCUCCUUUUCUCGAGCCUCAUCCUCGACCAAAUCAAAUGAAUCAAAUUCAUUUGUUCAUAUUAAAUUAAUUUUAUAUAUAGGAAUAUAAAAUCAGAAGAUAUAUGUGAGAUAGGAAUCAAGUGUUUUUCCUCCUCUAACUAAAAUCUGACCGUGAUUAUACUGAUAUAAAAAUAACUGCAUAUUUGAGAUGCGAUAUCUUCUCACCUAAUGACCUGAAGGACCUGUUCAUCCUCAUUCAUGUCCAUCCACCUGCUCUGAAGUGAGGAGAAAGUUGAAAUUGUCCAAAUGUCCCCCUCUCUUUGUCCCACACUGCAGAACUUGGACAUCAGCUUAUCGACUGUAAAAACUCACGUCAUGCCCGGUUAUAAACAUGGACGCAGAUUCGCACCCGUGUACACACGCACACAUAUCACACAUAUCCCACUCUUAGACAUCCAUAUCUAGUGUCAUGUAAAGUUUCCUUCAUUUCUGAUGAUGUUUAGUGGAGGAAUCAGCGCUUUAAACACUCUCAGUCCAUGAAUGAAGACUUGCGUGCUCAGCGGCACUGAAGGGGUUAAAGUGAUGUGCGGCUCAGUCUGUAUCACUGUGGGAAAGUCAAAUUUAGAGCCCUGCUGAUCGACUGACUGCAAAAAAAAAGGUUGGAAUAUGUUGUUAUGGAGCCGUAAACACACGGUCAAAAAAACUGUUUUUAAUGGAAGUCUAUUGGCCGAUUUAUGGACAAAGAAGGGUGGGUGGAGCUAAAUGUGGCGACAGAGAACUACAGGUGACACAGAGUUUUGUUUUGUUUUGUAAUAUGAAAAAUAAUAAGAACUCUCACCAAAUUUGAUGCCCCAAUCUUUAAAAAUGUGACUGUCAGCUCAAAAUAAAGAUGAAAAAGAAAGACAAAUGUCCUCAAAACGGACAGAGGAGGAACCGAGGGUUAAAAAUACAUGAAUGUGUUCCCUAAUAGUUUAAAAAUCAGUCUGAAAAUGCAGUUUUAAAAAAGAGAAAUAAAGAAGUGAAUUGACAAUCUGAAGUAAGAAUACAGCUUUUAAUCAGACAUUUAAAGGACAAUUCCUCUUUUUAUUUACAUUUCCUGUCUGCUUCUCCUUUUCCUGUUAGCUAAUCGAUUAUCAAAGUCUUUUUUCUUUCUGUUCCUCCUCUCCAUUUUUCCCUCCCUCACACUUUAGGCCUUGAGCUGGUAAAACCAUAGACUGUAUAAACUAUGGACAACUUGGUUCCGCCUACCGCCUGUAUACGGAUUUGAAGCCAAAAAGCUCUCGGUAUUUCCGGGAUUUUUCUUCAUUUCCUGUAACCAGCGCUGUGCGGUAGCGUUGUGCGCAUUCGGCCGCGCAGUCGCAGAGAGUCACUGUGAUGACGCUCGGCUCAAACAGCGUAUCCGCCGGGAGAUCUAUGCAAUCCCUGAACGCCCAUAGGCUGUACCAGGUGUCAAUCAUAGCAAAUAUGAACCCCCUAAAAUCUUUUAAUAAAUGAGCAGUACAGAAAAAAGAGGACUUGAGUACAAACCAGUCUGACAGUAACUACAUGUCAACAUCACAACCAGGGGGGAGAAAAAUUUAUGUUCUGUGUAAUAAAUUUCUAAAGUUGGUCCACAGCUCCAUAAGCUUUGCUGGCGGAGGCGGGAUUUAUGACCUAUACUGCAGCCCGUCAACAGAGAGUGCUGUUCUUGGAGUGGCUUCACCCUGCGAGGAGGCAGACGGCGUCCAUUCUAUAUACAGUCUAUGGGUAAAACCAGGUAAAACAAUGCAGAUGAGCCAUGAAACAAGCUCUCUGAUUGGUUAUAACCUGGCCUAUUACAUGCAGAUGUCUGCAGGGAGGUGAAGAUGAUGGAGGAUGAGGAAGAAUAGAACUUGUCCAGUGUUCCAGGUGGAAAGAGGUCCAAAGCUGGAUAUUGUGACUCUGUGGUCAUUUCUCAGCUCCCUGAUUGAUGAACAGACACACAGACUAAAAACAGAGAUGAUCAGGAGAGAGAUGGGCUCAUAUUUGAAGUUCAAACACAUUUGACAGUCCUUUAGCCCACGUCAGAACUCAGAGAAGAUGCUUUAUUAAACCUGAUAUUACAAGAUGAAGGUUCACAUCUAGUUUAAUGAUCAGAGCAGAACAACAUUCAGAUCUCCUCCAGAUCCUUUAUCUCAUUCAUCCAUACAGACCAGGAUCAACUCUCCUGGCUGACAUGGGAAGGUCUUCUCUUCUUGAUUUUCUGCUCUCUUUGUUUGGUGAGCCAUCAAACAAACCCUCAGAGCUACAGAGAAACACCUCCUUCAUACAUCCACCCUCAGUCAGAAACAUGGACUCAAAGUACUGGCUGCAGAUGAGGGUUCAAAGGAGAUCAGAUAGUCUUCAUUGAGCUUCAUCAGCUGAGCUCUACUGCUUUACUGGCACAGCUACAUUCAGUGAGAGCAGCAGCAGACCUGUCAGUCAGGAUCAGGUAAGCUAAGGGGCUGUUUGAGGACAUGCACUGACUUUGCUCUACUUCGUGCCCAUCCCAAACUGCAGGAAAUCCACCUGCUGUUCCAGGUGUGACGCUCCUACUCCCUCUGCUCUAGCUGACUCUGAAUGAUCCGAGAAGAGCCUCACACACUCACAUGAGUUCAUCUGAGAGCUUUCAUAUCAUUUUUAUGAUGAUAUGAGCGAGCAUGAGCGAGAGAGCGAGCAUGAGCGAGUCCCUACUCCUAGCAAAGACUGAAGCCCUUCACGAGGCAAAUCAAACAAUUACCACACUCAAACUCUGUAUCCAAAAACUGUCAGAGGAACUUAAAUCAAAAUCUACACUACUCACAACAUGUAUGAACACGCUACCCUGGAAGCCUCACAGCCCAAAGACCUCAUCCCGACCGCCAUCCACCACAGCACCCAACCAGGACUCAACCUGGACUGAAAUGACAACUCGAACUAGAAAAACCAAUAACACCAUCCCCUGGAACCCGGCUGGGCCUACCUCAAGCUCCACGCCGAGCAAUCCACUGCUCCGGUCCGAGAUCCUCGCCGGCAGUGGGACGGAUCCCUCAAACGAUGCCUCCACAGUCCGGUUGGCCCUCUCUAACUGCUUCGAGGCCCUUAUGCAUCCUCCUAAGCCCGACAGCACCAGACCAAACCAGUCCCCUCUCCGUGGUGACGUGGCAGCGUACUCAACAGCGGGUGCCGGAGCUCCCGUGGCUCCUACACGGCCACCCGACGGAGCCCCCGGACCUUCGUCCUCGUCCACCGAUGUCUCCGCGGCGUGCUGGCCCGAUGAUCUUCUGGCGACCAGCUCCCGGGCGUCACCGAGCGCUGGUUCGAAGAACACCUCCCUGCCGGCUUGCAGAGGGAUUCCCGAGUGGCCUGGCACUGGCGGAAGGGACUCUUCUCCGUCAGUGCCUGGUCGUGCUCGGUCUCCCAGAAACCGCCUGGACUACCGCUCUGAGAGCCGGACCGCGUCCUUGGCCGCCCGAAGGAGGUUUCUCCGAGAGGCAGUCCGACGGAACUCCGCCGGGCCCACCACCACCGUCCCAGACCGAAAUGGCAGACCAUCCCCGCUGCCGCAGCCGUCCACCGCACCUCCGAGUCCUCCCAGCACCGCCAUCAGCUCUACUUCGGGCAAAGGAGCCAUGCAACCCCCGCCGCUGUUCCCACCCACCACCUUGAUCGUCGGUGACAGUAUCACACGAGGUAUCCGUUUUUUCAACGCCAUUACUCAUUCUUUCCCCGGUGCAACUGUCGCCGACAUCACGACAAAACUCCCCGGUCUUCUUCAGUCACUCCCUAUCCACCGCAUCAUUGCUCACGUCGGCACCAACCACACGGCUCACAAACAAUCUGAACUGACCAAAAGGGACUUCAAAUCACUUCUCCACAUCCUUUAGUGCAGCGGCAAAUCUGUUUUUAUAAGUGGUCCGCUACAAACGCUAUCACGUAGCAUUGAUCAUUUUAGCCGCCUUCUCAGCCUGAACUCCUGGCUUCGUUCACUCUGCAGCACCUCCUCCACCCACUUCAUUGACAAUUUUAACCUGUUCUGGAACCGACCCCCAUUUUUCUCCCAUGACGGACUUCACCCAAACAAACUGGGCUAUUACACACUUACCGCUAAUAUCCAACACCGUAUACACACCAACUGACUAGCAUUGUUUACACUCUCCCUGUCAUCCUCUUCUUCCUUGCCUGUCACUACCCCACCUGGAAACAGCGCCCCCCUCCGAGACCCUCGCCCUCACCAUCCCCUCCACCGGCUCCCCCAACAGGCCCCAACUGGUACUGCACACCACUCCCAUCGCCUCCACUACAGCAAGCUCCCCCUCCCGACCCAAACUGGUACUGCACCUUCCAAUCACAGAGACUCUCUGCCAUUCUGUCAUCUCACCAGGAUCUCGCCACAGCUUUUUCAUUCAAACAAUCACAACUACUAGACCCUCCUGCUCAAAUCCCAUGCAUGCAAAACAAAGGACAAGAAAUCAAACAAACCUCCGCUGCCUUCCCCCUGCCUCACUGCCCACCCCACAGCCCCCUCCCCUAAAGGUGGCCCUUCAAAACACCCUCUCCUUCAACAACAAAGGACACAUCAUGGCUGACUUUUUAACAGACAAUAACCUGGACUUUCUCUGUACAACCGAAACCUGGCACAAUCAUCUCGACCUCUUCCCACUAAACCAAGCCACGCCCCCCGGUUACUCCUUCCUACACCAACCCCGCCUCACUGGACAAGGCGAUGGCGUCGCAUUCAUCCACAAGCAGACCCUCAAGACCACCCCCAUCCCCACCCCGUCUGUCCACUCAUUUGAACACAUUUCAGUCAAACUCCCUGGCCCCACCCCACUGGUCAUUGUCACCAUCUACCGCCCUCCAAAACCCCACCCAUCAUUCCUUUCUGAUUUCUCUGAACUGGUCACCCAACUAAAUACCAUCUCAUCCUCUGUCCUGUUACUUGGAAACCUCAAUUUCCACAUCGACAACCCCACCUGCAAACAAGCCUCUGAUUUUCUGGAUCUAUUCGACACCCUCAACCUCACCCAGCAUGUACACUCCCCCACCCACUCCCACGGCCACACCCUCGACCUGGUCUGCUCUACAGGCAUCUCCAUCCACCAUCUCUCCACCAUCAACCUCUACAUAUCUGACCACCUGGCCGUCACUUUCACAGUGAGAAACGACUCAUCUCCUUCAGAAACCUCAAAUCCAUCUCGCCACAGGACAUCUCCGCCUCCCUAUCUAUCACCCUCACCGCAUCCCCUCCCCCACCUCCUGCCAAACUUGCUGACCUACUCAACUACUACAAUAACACUCUAUCCUCCUGCCUGGACCAGCUUGCGCCCCUCAAAACAAGAACAGUUUCAUUUAUACAUUCCGCCCCCUGGUUUACCUCAGAACUGCACAAAAUGAAAUCUCACAAACUUCAACUAGAACAUCUCCACCACAAAACCGGCCUCACCGUCCAUCUCCAAGCUUACACUGACGACCUCCACCUAUACAGAACAGCCCUCAAGUCCGCCCGCUCAUCCUAUUACUCCAACCUCAUCCACUCCGGCUCCAGCAACCAAAAGACUCUUUUCACCACAAUCAAAAAACUUCUCCACCCCAUAGACACCAUCUCCACCACCUUCACCCCGAAAAAAUGUAACUCAUUCCUCUCAUCUUUUCAAACCAAAAUCAACACAAUCUACAACUCCCUUCCCCCACCUUCCAUUCCCAGCUCCUCCCCUCCUCCCCUCAUCCCAUCAGCACUCUCCCGUUUCUCACCUGUUUCUCCAACCGACGUGACCAACAUCAUCUGCUCCAUGUCAUCAUCCACCUGCAUCCUGGAUCCCAUCCCAUCCUCCCUCAUCAAGCACUGCCUCCCCGUCAUCUCCCCCAUCAUUACACAGAUCAUCAACUCCUCCCUCAACUCUGCAACUGUUCCCCCUUCACUCAAACUGGCAGCUGUCACCCCCAUCCUUAAAAAACCUGGACUCAACCCCGACGAUAUCAAUAACUUCUGGCCCAUCUCCAACCUCCCUUUCCUGUCGAAAAUCCUGGAACGAGUCAUUGCAUCACAGAUCAAAACCCACCUCAACAAUAACAAUCUUUAUGAACUGUUUCAAUCAGGAUUCCGCACCCACCACAGCACCGAAACUGCCCUCAUCAAAGUCACAAACAACCUCCUCUCUGACUCCGGCCAACUCUCUAUCCUCAUCCUCCUUGACCUCUUCGCCGCUUUUGACACCAUUGACCACGCCAUCCUCCUGUCCCGCCUACACUCCCUCCUCAAUAUCACAGACACUGCUCUCAACUGGAUCCAUUCAUAUCUCACAAACCGGAAUCACUUCAUCCAUAUCAACAACUGCUCCUCCACAACUGACCCCGUGUCCCAAGGUGUCCCCCAGGGUUCGGUGCUUGGUCCUCUCCUCUUCAUCAUCUACCUCCUCCCUCUCGGCCACAUCCUCCGUCAACACAAUCUCCAUUUCCACUGCUAUGCUGAUGACAUUCAAUUGUACAUCUCUUCCACGUCCAUCACCCCCCUGACCCAACGCUCCCUCUCAAACUGCCUCACUGAUGUAAAAAACUGGAUGGACAGCAACCUUCUAAAGCUCAACUACAACAAAACAGAUCUCAUCAUCAUUGGCCCAAAAUCCCUCACCUCCACAGUCACAGACUUUCAUCUCUCCAUUAACAACUCCACCCUCUCCCCCUCCCCCCACUGUCGCAACCUUGGUAUUCUCUUUGACAGCAACCUCACAUUCACACAGCAUGUUAAGCAAAUCACCAAAACAGCCUACUACCACCUCAAAAACAUUGCCCGCCUCCGCCCCUCCCUCACCUACUCUGCAGCCGAAACCCUCAUACAUGCAUUCAUCUCAUCCCGUCUAGACUAAUGCAACAGUCUCCUUCACGGCACUACCUCCACUCUCCACAAUAAACUUAAACUCAUCCAGAACUCUGCCGCCCGCCUCCUCACCCAUACAUGCUCCCACCAACACAUCACCCCCGUCCUCCAGAACCUUCACUGGCUCCCCAUCCCCCAUCGCAUUCAGUACAAAAUACUCCUUCUCACCCACAAAGCACUCCACAACCAGGCCCGCCCCCCUACCUGCAAGAUCUUCUCCACCCCUACCCCCCCCCCCCCCCCCGCACCCUCUGCUCCCCCGAUUCCAACCUGCCAACCUCCUCACAGUUCCCUCGACCAAGCACAGAACCUGGGGGGACAGAGCAUUCUCAGUCACCGCCCCCACCCCCACCCUAUGGAACUCACUCCCACUGGACCUCAGAAACUGCUCCAACCUUACCAGAUUCAAAACCCAGCUCAAAACUCUCCUUUUCCGCACUGCUUUUUAUCUUCCUUAGCCCCCCCGAUUGUUGAUUUUACCUGAUUUUACUUGAUUUUAAUUGAUAUUGAUGUAUUUUAUUGUAUAUUGAUGUAUAAUUUUAUUCAUGUACAGCGUCUUUGAGUCUGAGAAAAGCGCUUUACAAAUAAAAUGUAUUGUUAUUAUUAUCUUCAUUCAUAUUUAGAAGAAGAGAGCCCACUACUUCAUCUCUCUAUCUGCAGACAAGCUUUCAAGUCUUUUUAGAAGGAGCUUUUUAGACCAAAGUGUGGACAGCUGCCCUAAACGAAGAAAUGAAGGUCUUUUUCCAAAGGGUCCAAAUCAAGUCUCCAUGUUGUAGGACAGACCAACAGCCAGCCUUUGCUCCUUGAAUCUUGUUGUUGUUUUUCUGUGAGUUUCUGUCAGAAAGACUCAGAAAAAGUGACAGAGUGAUGGAGACUGGUGGCUCAGAUGAGUUUCAGCCUGUUUCUCUGUCACAGGGACAAACUGAGGAGCUCUGCUUCAUGUUGGACAGCAGGUAGGACUCAUGUUGGACACUCAAUCAUUCUGACUGUGUUUCUUCCUCCAGGGUGGACCAUGGUGGAGAGCAGUGGUUAAAACCUGGUGUGAAGAAGUGUAAGUGUGGAAUCAGUUUGACUCCUGAUGACCAAACAGCAGACUGUCAGCUAACAAAGAAGAAAGCCUUCAGGUGUGUCUGA